GCAGCAAUGCUGAGUGACGAUAACUCUGUGAAGCUGAAAAGUGAUUGUUCACCUCCUGUGCAAUGGUGUAAGGUUACAGCACAUGAAGAUGAGAAGACCAAGCUGGUUUUUAAAAGGUACUCGCAAACUUUUUGCACUGUUUGUGGUAGGAGGGUGCUUCCUUUAUAUCCUCAAAUUACGUUUUGGCCCUGAAGAAUGUGACAGAACGAAAAUGCAAUAUGUGGACCUCGAUCGUGUAAGGAGAGCACAACAGUAUGCCAGCGCUGCAUUGCAGGAACAGUGCCGGCCUUCUUAUGCAAAGAAAGAAAUGGGGAAGCUAUUUGCAGAGAAAUAUAGCAUGGACAUAUCUCCCUUUGUAAGAAAAAAUAUAAAUGAAGAUGAAGAUUUAUUUAAAUAUGAACCUCCUUUUGGAUUUCACAAGUUCUUUGAUAAGCUUAAAAAUAUCCUUGAACUCUUACCUGAGCAUGAUUUACCAGAAGAUUUGAAGUCAAAACACUGUAAGCGUUGUGUUGUUGUUGGCAGUGGUGGAAUUCUUCAUGGAUCAGAGCUGGGUCACUUAUUGAAUCAGUUUGAUAUUGUUAUAAGGUUAAAUGAUGCACCAGUUCAAGGAUACACAGAUCAUGUUGGUAACAAAACUACUAUACGGAUGACUUACCCAGAAGGAGCCCCUCUUUCUGAACAUGAGUAUCCUCCUGCUAGCUUGUUUGUGGCUGUUUUAUUUAAAAGUGUUGACUUCAAUUGGCUUCAAGCAAUGGUGAAAAAUGAAACCUUGCCUCUGUGGGUGCGACUAUUCUUUUGGAAACAGGUUGCUGAGAAAAUUCCUUUUACAUCAAAGCAGUUUCGGAUUCUGAAUCCAGUUGUCAUCAAAGAGACGGCUUUGGACAUUUUACAGUUCCCUGAACCUCGAUCAAAAUUCUGGGGUUGGGAUAAGAAUGUACCUACAAUUGGGGUCACAGCAGUUGUUCUGGCCACGCAUUUAUGUGAUGAAGUGAGCUUAGCAGGAUUUGGAUAUGACCUCGAUCAGCCCAGCACACCUUUGCACUAUUACAACAACCUCUGCAUGGCUGCCAUGAACGGACAAACUAUGCACAAUGUGACAAGCGAAACAAAAUUCCUGCAAAAACUGAUCAAAGAAAAAGUUGUCAAAGACCUCACUGGUGGGAUACAUUGUGAAUUCUGCAGCAAAGACAGCUAGUGACUGAAGUGCGGCAUGGUUUGGGUUUGUUCAAUUUCCAGAGGUUCAGCCAGAACACCCUUUUCACUGUCUUAAGUAGUUCUUUAAAGUGUGUAUAAAAUGGAUGUGGAAUCUCUGCUGCCUUUUUUAAUGUCAGGUUCAAUUUGUUGGACUUUUAAAUUUAUUUUGAUGUCAGAUUUUACUUUGCACAUUUUUGUGGAUAACUAUGUAAAUACAACUUGGAGCUGAAAGAUAUCCAUUUAAAGUAUUUAAUGUUUUAAGUUGUCGGAAGAAAAGCAGAGUUUUUGUUUUCAGAUAUA